GGCAAUUGGGCUUCUUUAUCCUCACCAUAAUAAUUAUGAUAAUCAAUACCUUUUUCACAAUCACAUUAUCGAUUAGUUACUACACUUUGAUGGCAAGAUUUCCUCCAGAAUAUAUAAAAAUUCACACUUAUGGUUAUUCUAUAUCAGGUGUCAUCAGUGCACUUCUACAAAUACUUUGUCUUGUUAUUGGAGGAAGUUCAACUCAAGUUGCACUGAUUUAUUAUUCAUGUGGAUUGGGAAUUGUGAUGACAGCGGCAGUCAUGAUUUACUUUACCAAAUAUUCACCUUUCUACCAGUAUUAUAUGGAAGGUAUUGAAGAGGAAACCAAAAAACCGUUACCUUCGCUUGCAGACCUGAAAGAAACAUACAAACGCACAUGGCUUGUAUUACUUCCACUGGUACUGACAACACCAGUACUGGGUCUCAGUUCAACAACUAUCGGAAUCUUAAUUGUGUCGGAAAGCGAAGGUCUUUGGGGCAAAAAAUUUUUCAUGCCUGUGUCCACUUUUCUUCUGAAAGAAAUAUCAAGCAUGGUGGGAAGAUUUUAUGCAACUCCAAUUAUGACGCGUAAGAAUGCUAAAUGGUUCAUUCUUCUCAAUGUGCUGCAAGCUUAUGGGUUUGGUUUACUCGUUCCCUUAUGUAACGCCAAACCUAGAAGUCAUCUACCAGUUCUAUUUCAUCAUGAUUGGCAAUAUAUGUCAAUGAUGACUGUUAACGGACUCAUUAUGGGUUAUUAUACAACUGUUAGCUUUCUUAGUAUGCCGAAUUUCGCUGGUGACAGGACGGAACAAGCAUAUCAAUUAUUUCAGGGCAUUACAAUUAUCUUGAUGUGUGCAACUUCUCCUCUCAGUCAAGUUUGGAUAAAUAUGCUUUGAAAAUCUGACAAAUUUCCAACGUAUUGGAUCGAUAAAUAUGAAAAGGAUAAACAAUGAGUUAACUUCAAAUAUCCUGAAAAAUGUACGAAUAUUUAUGAAUUAAAAUUAAAAGUGUGUACAAAAUGA